CGCACACCAACCUACCCACUCGCUCAUGCUCAACGCCGGAAACCCCGCCGCCUCCCUCUCGUCCUACGCCUCUCCUCCGGCAGCGUGCACGCCUCCAUCCUCCUCCCCGUCCUCGUGCACUCCAUCUUCACCUCCAUAAUCGUCUUCAUCGACCAGCGCGUCAACAAUCUCGGCCUGCCUAGCACCAUCGUACCCAGCCUCAGCAUUGUCGUCGGGCUGAUGCUCGUGUUCCGCAAUGGAACCUCAUACGAUCGUUUCUGGUCCGGCCGGAACCACCUGAGUACGUGUGGCACAAGCGUGCGGAACCUGACGCGCAGCAUCCUCACGUGUGCGCGUGGGAAGGGAGGCGUGGAUAUCAGCGAGGAGGAGAGGCAUGACACGGAGCGUGUUGUGCGGAUCCUAAUUGCGGUGCUGUAUGCGAUCAAGCAUAAUCUGCGACACGAGUGGAGCGUUACUCAGUACCGGGACCAGGUCGAUGGCGAUACAAGUGGGCGGAGAUCGAGCUUGCAUCCUGCUGGGGAGAUGUUGAAUGAGCCAGAGUACAAGAGCCUGCUGCCGCCACGUAUGGUGGGCUUCGAAGACGAGGGCCUCUGUCUACCCCUGCAGCUGCUUGUCAUAGUCGAAGGCUUUAUCAAGCGUGGACAUGACCGCGGUUGGUUUCAUGCGCCACAGGCAUCGCAGCUCACGGUGCAGAUCAACACGCUUGUGGAUGCGUAUAGCAAGAUGGAGACGAUCCGCACUACGCCCCUACCGGUUGCGCAUUUGAUACAUCAGAAGCAGGUACUUGCACUAUAUACGCUCGCGCUACCAUUUGCGAUAGUGGACAACUAUGGAUGGUAUUCAAUACCGAUUGUUGCGUUGGUUGCAUUUACGUUAUACGGAAUUGACGGAAUUGGAAGACAGCUUGAGGAUCCGUUCGGGUAUGACCGGAACGAUAUCAAGAUGGAUGGCAUCGUCGAGGACUGGAGGGUGGAGUGUAUGGUCAUGCUGGAGCAGUGGAAG